GGGCUGCGAGUUGGCCCAAAGCUUUUCCAGUAUGUCAUAAAAGCCAUUGUGCAGGCAAUACAAUUACUGUACACGAUGCUGAAGAAGAUAGAUCGGCCAUCCUAUGUUCUUCUUCAGAAUCCUCCAGGCUUACCUAGUAUAGCUGUUGCCUGGGUAGCCUGUCUCUUCUGGAGAAGCAAACUGAUAAUUGAUUGGCACAACUAUGGAUAUACUAUAAUGAGUCUGAGUCACGGAAGAAAUCACCCGCUAGUACAAAUUGCAAAAUGGUAUGAAAAGCUUUUUGGGCGUUUGUCUGACUAUAACUUGUGUGUCACUAAUGCAAUGAAAGAAGAUCUGUGGGUGAAUUGCAACAUAAAGGCAGUAACGCUGUAUGACAAGCCAGCGUCUUAUUUUAAGGAAACACCGUUGGAACUACAACAUCGAUUGUACAUGAAACUUGCCAAAGACUACGAGCCUUUUAAACCGCGGUAUGUUACAGAGUCUGUCAGUUCGGACACUGAGACGACUGCCUUUACAGAAAUGGAUGAAAAAAAUGGACACGUGAUAAAAACUAGAGGACGGCCAGCUCUUCUGAUCAGCAGCACAAGCUGGACAGAGGAUGAAGACUUUUCAGUCCUUCUAAAAGCUUUAGAAGAUUAUGAGCGGUAUAUCGAUGAGGGAGUCGAGCUUCCAUCUUUAGUAUGCGUGAUAACAGGUAAAGGACCUCUAAAAGACUACUACAACGGACUGAUCAAUACCCUGCGGUUUAAACAUAUCCAGAUCUGUACGCCAUGGCUGGAGGCUGAGGAUUACCCUCUUUUGCUUGGCUCAGCAGACUUGGGGGUGUGUCUCCAUAAAUCAUCCAGCGGUUUGGAUUUACCCAUGAAGGUGGUAGAUAUGUUUGGCUGCUGUUUACCUGUGUGUGCAAUAUAUUUUGAAUGUUUACAUGAACUUGUGAAACACAACGAAAAUGGUCUGAUAUUCCGGGACUCGAAUGAACUUGCACAACAACUAAAGAUGCUUUUCUUGGGAUUUCCUACACUGGAAGGAAAACUUCACAACUUCAGAAAAAACCUUCGUGCGUCCAGGCAGCUGCGCUGGGAUGAGAGUUGGGACCAGACUGUUCUUCCUUUGCUUGGGCAGAAUGAAUGACUCUGUGGGGGAGAAGGGUGUCAAAAAGGCUAAUCCACUCCUGGAGCUGCAGAGAUUUGCUAAAUAGUGAAUAAACACUUUGCAUUGCCUGUAGUUGCAGUUUUUAACUACUACAUCUUGGAACAAGUGUUUGGAGACGCCUCUUCCUUCACAAUUUGAGCUUCUCGCGUGAGUAAGAAUAGUGGUGGAGGCGCAGCUGAGGCCGUUCGCUGUGUGCUAACGAGGGCGGGCCUGGUUCCUGUGCUCGAGCCUUGCCCCCUGGACCGCCUUUCCUUCCUUAGCACUUGGGAUGCAUCCUUGGAAAGUGGGAGGGGGGUUUAGUUACUCUAGGAACUCAUAUGUGCAAAAUCUGUUACCUGUGCUGCUUGAAGGUGCUUGAAUACACUCAUGAACUGUUGCCAGUUACAACUCGUACAGGAAGCACUGGAGUAGGAGAUUUGGGUGUUUUCUUGCAGAUGGGGGAUGCUGUCUUGAAUUGCUUUAUUUGAGCUGAGGAUGCAGUGGGGUGGUUGUUUUUCCAACCGGUGAAUAUUCCUGGCUAGUCUUCCCUAGACAAGUGUUGCAUCCUCUUGUAUGCUUUUACUGAGACAGAGCCAUUUUGUUUCAGAGUUGUCUUCCUUUUCACGGUGUGUGCGAGAACAGGAAAGCCCAGCCACUGGUAUGUGACAGCUUUAUUGAAUGCUUAGAGGAAAAUGGACCUUUCAGGGAGCGUUCUCCUUGUAUGCAAAGUGAAUGUGCCCAUUUACCUUGAGAAAGAACAUAAAAUGUAUCCCCUUUUGAAUAGAUGAAUAGAAAAGGAAAAAAUAAAACCAAAACGUAUUAUUAAAGUACAUCUAACUUAACAAAAGGGCGCUUCACUUUCUGAGUGCUCGCUCAGGGUAUACGCUUCAUCUUUUUAUUGUUAAUACCAGUAUCCAUAUGCAGACCUGAUGCUUUUUUCAUCACCUUUUUGAUUAUAAAAUAGAUGUCAGCCAUUUAGGGAAUAAAUGCGCUUGGUUUUAUCAUGCAGUUACUGCUCUUCAGCGGUGGUAGAUGAUUACAGUGGGUUCUGCACCAGCAUUUUUAAGCCUGCAUACUGAGUAAUCGUUUAAUACCUGCUCUUGCAGGUAUUAAACCUAUAAACCUAUAUACCUAUAUCUUGCA